AGUUAAGAAUAGCCUGUCAUUGCGGAAGUAGCUUCAGUGAAGAAAACCUUUUUUAUUGAAAAUUGAAAGAUAAUAAUUUACUGUCGUGAGAAAACGAGUCACGUCAUAUAGUUAGAGAUUACUACCCGUUUUACUGUGUCUAUUGCUGGCUUUUUGAAAAGGAGUAAAAUGUGUAAUGGUUGUGUGCAGAAAGAGUACCCCGACAGGGGGAACACAUGUUUGGAGAAUGGCUCCUACCUGAUGAACUACCUGGGCUGUGCCAACUGUCACCAGAGGGACUUUGUGUUGAUCAGCAACAAGGCCACAGAGGAUGAGGAUGGAGAGGAGAUAGUCACCUAUGAUCAUGUGUGUAAAAACUGUGACCACGUCGUAGCCAGGCAUGAGUAUACCUUCUCUGUGGUGGACGAUUAUCAGGAGUACACAAUGUUGUGCAUGCUGUGUGGGAAGGCGGAGGACUCCAUCAGUGUGCUGCCAGAUGAUCCCAGGCAAACCGCCCCUCUCUUCUAGAAGAGUACAAUGACAAACUGAGAUGACCAGAUGUAAACAAUCAAGAACUGCAAGCUCAACAUGGACCAGAAGUCACAUGAAAGAGAUGGACUAUUAGCAUUCUAGAAAAUAGACCAGGUAUUCUAGAACACAUAUCACUUCUCAAACCCAAAGCCAUAUAGCCAUGCAUCUCUAUAUGGCUCUGCCCAGACAUAACAUUUCACUUAUAGAACACAGAGCUUGUCUAAGAUGGCAAGUCCUAUAUUCAUCAAAUUGAAGGAAUAAUACCUUAUUCUUCUUCUUCUAAUAGUCUUCUUUAACAUAGACUUUGCAUCAGCAUUAAGGGUAAGCAAAGACUACAUAGUAUAGUACAUGCUACUCUUCAUUGACCACAGAUGUAUAUACUGUCCAAUUUUGCUAGAAUUAGAUUUAGGGCCUAGUUCACUCAGUAACAACCCCAACCCCCACCCCAUAAGCACUAUUAGAGAUUCAUCUUGGCUUAUCAGAGCGCGAGAAGAAGCUACUACCAUAUCACAUUUACCUAAGGAUCUACAUUAAGUUUGUUGAAGGUUUGGGGGCUAUGGGUUGUUUCUGUAUAGGGCCUAUGUUGGGGGCUAGGGGUUGUUUCUGGACGGGGCCUAGGUUGGGGCUAAGGGUUGUUUCUGGACAGGGCCUAGGUUGGGGGCUAGGAGUUGUUUCUGUAUAGGGCCUAAGGGUUGUUUCUUGACAGGGUCUAGGUUGGGGAUAAGGGUUGUUUCUGGACAGGGCCUAGGUUGGGGCUAAGGGUUGUUUCUGUAUAGGGUCUAGGUUGGGGCUAUGGGUUGUUUCUGGAUAGGGCCUAUGGGUUGUUUCUUGACAGGGUCUAGGUUGGGAAUAAGGGUUGUUUCUGUAUAGGGUCUAGGUUGGGGCUAAGGGUUGUUUCUUGACAGGGUCUAGGUUGGGGAUAAGGGUUGUUUCUGUAUAGGGUCUAGGUUGGGGCUACGGGUUGUUUCUGGAUAGGGCCUAAGGGUUGUUUCUUGACAGGGUCUAGGUUGGGGAUAAAGGUUGUUUCUGUAUAGGGUCUAGGUUGGGGCUAAGGGUUGUUUCUUGACAUGGCUUAGGUUAGGGUUAUUUUUUAGGGCUUGGAACCCUAGUUUGACUGCUGUUAAGGAUAAAUCAUUCUUACAGAUCACAUGUCUAUUUAAAUAUAUUUGACAGUAUUGUUUUUUAAAUAUUAAGUAAAACAAAUGUUUGUAUGUUGGGGGGGGCAAUGGAACUUGACACUGUACGCAUUUGUUGGUUGCAUCAUAGCGUAAUAAAGACAACGUGUAGGUAGUCUACUA